AUGUUAUCACAUGAUACACUUCAUUCAAAACGAGUUAUUAAAAUACAAGAUUUAAUAAAACAUUAUGAUUCAUUAUUAGCAAUUGGAAGUCAUUUAUUCGUUUCUGAAGGAAUACAUUUAUAUGAAAGUGGUCUUAUAUUAGUUUUAUUAAUUGAACAAUUUCUUCCAUUACCAUUAAAUAAACAAUUAUUACCUAAAUAUAUACCAUAA